AUGAAGCUCUCGCCACCAAUUCCACUUCUGCGCAAGACGUGUACUUCAGCUCCUCGCAUGUCUUUUUGGGUUAACACUUUGUCCGAUUUUCAGACGAGAAGCAAGGCUACAUUACUCAACUAUGGACCAAGAAAAAAUCCUUCUAUACUCUCAUCGCCAGAAUUAUCACUCCCUCAUCGUGCGAAAUACAAUCUUGAUGUGUUUUGCAAGAGCUCCUUUUCCACCGGAAGUAUUCCUACUACGCCGACAAAGCCUAAGAUACACAGUCUCUUUGAAGAGACAACGGGAACAUGGCAAUAUCUGAUUGCAGACCCUUCCACUUUGUCUGCUGUCAUCAUUGACCCAGUGUUGAACUUCGAUUCGGUCACCCGGGCUAUUACAUUUGAAUCUGCCAACUCUCUGCUAUCAUUAGUCAAGCAUCAUCGGUAUGAGGUCGUCAAAAUCCUUGAAACUCACAUACAUGCGGAUCAUAUCACUGCAGCAUCAUACCUCCAGAAUUCGCUUGCUGUAGAGCAAACACAUCGGCCGCAGGUCUGUAUUGGGAAACGCAUUGAGCAAGUCCAAGACAUGUUCGGUCACAGAUAUGGCCUCUCACCACAUGAAUAUCAAGGUGUUUUUGAUCAUCUCUUCGAUGAUGACGAACUAUUUUAUAUCGGUGAUGUCGAGGCCCAGGCAGUCCAUCUACCCGGCCAUACUCCUGAUCAUUUAGGUUAUAAAAUUGGCGACAAUAUCUUUUGUGGUGAUUCCGUCUUCCACGCCGAUAUUGGGUCUGCGCGUUGUGACUUCCCCGGUGGAAGUGCAGUGAGUCUAUACAAGUCAGGGCGAAAGCUACUUUCAUUCCCAGACCACGUCAAGAUUUGGUCGGGCCAUGAUUACCCACUACAGGGACGAAUUGAGCCAGUGCCAUGGCUGAGCGUUCAAGAACAAAGAUGGCGAAACAAACACUUGAUGGAUGGGACUACUGAGGCAGAGUUUGUGGCCUUGCGACAGGACCGUGACUCAAAACUGGCGGCGCCCAAGUUACUUGAUCAGUCCCUGCAAAUCAACAUCCGGGCGGGCAGACUACCGGAACAAUCACAAACAGGCCAACGAAUGCUUUAUCUGCCCCUCAAGUUAGAUUCACCAGCGUGGUAA